UUGUCUUUUUCUUCACAGGUUGCUCGUGGGGGGAGAACGCUGGCCGCUGAAAUUUCUCCGCUUCCCUGGGUCGCUGAGCCACCGAAGGGCUCCCGCCGCUGCUCGAGGGUGAGGGCGAGCCGCCUCUGCACCUCCCGCCAGAGGCGCGUCGGUCCUCCUCUUGUCCUCCGUUUCCGGCGCGCGGCUCCGCAUCAGUCUCGCGGGGCUCUGAGCCGCCAGGACCGCGAGUCUCGUCUCGGUGAGGCAGUCCCGGAGUCCCCGGCGGUUCCCGCAGUACUCGAACAUAUACACUGAAGAUUGGGACAAGAUAUUUGCCUAAUUUCUGUGGCAAAAUUAAAGACCUACCAUGACAAUGAAGAAAGAGACUGAAUUUGUCAUUUUCACCUAAAGAAAGAUGAUAGACAGAAAUCAAACCUGCGGUAUAGGACAGGAUUCUGUGCCCUAUAUGACUUGUCUGAUUCACAUCCUCGAAGGAUGGUUUGGUGUGGAGCAGUUGGAGGACUAUUUGAAUUUUGCAAACUAUCUCUUGUGGGUUUUUACACCACUAAUACUUUUAAUACUUCCUUACUUUACUAUCUUUCUUCUCUAUCUUACUAUUAUUUUCUUACACAUUUAUAAGAGGAAGAAUGUAUUAAAAGAAGCCUACUCUCAUAAUUUAUGGGACGGUGCAAGGAAGACGGUGGCGACUCUCUGGGACGGACACGCAGCAGUUUGGCACGGUUAUGAAGUUCACGGGAUGGAAAAAAUACCAGAAGAAGGACCAGCACUUAUAAUUUUUUAUCAUGGAGCUAUUCCCAUAGAUUUUUACUACUUCAUGGCUAAAAUUUUUAUCCAUAAAGGCAGGACUUGCCGAGUAGUAGCCGAUCACUUUGUCUUUAAAAUCCCAGGGUUUAGUUUAUUACUUGAUGUAUUUUGUGCUCUACAUGGACCAAGAGAAAAAUGUGUUGAAAUUCUGAGGAGUGGUCACUUGUUAGCUAUUUCACCAGGUGGAGUUCGAGAAGCCCUAAUUAGCGAUGAAACCUACAACAUCAUUUGGGGUAAUCGUAAAGGCUUCGCUCAGGUUGCAAUUGAUGCAAAAGUGCCCAUUAUUCCUAUGUUUACACAAAAUAUUCGAGAAGGAUUUAGAUCACUUGGAGGAACAAGGUUAUUUAGAUGGCUUUAUGAAAAAUUCCGCUAUCCAUUUGCUCCGAUGUAUGGAGGUUUUCCUGUGAAAUUACGCACCUAUUUAGGUGAGCCUAUUCCUUAUGAUCCAAAGAUAACAGCAGAAGAAUUAGCUGAAAAGAUGGCUGGAGAUCCGAGGAUCCCCACCUUACGCCAAUGAUUUUGCAAAACCAGCCAAAACAUCUCUUCACCGUGAAGGACCCUGAUCAAGAAGCGGAAGUCGUCGUCAUUUGAAAUCAUUUUCUUCGAAACGUAGUCCGGUAACCCAAGUCCUGUAUCAUUCUAAUUUACGAAAAAUGGGAGAAAACUAAAUGUAUUCGUAUUCGACUGAUAAGAAAUUGAACUGUUCUGUGAAAACUACGGGCAAAUACGCACAAAAAUGGAAGACUAGAGAAAGCCACGCUGAGGUGCUAAGAUGAGGUGCCUCUGCAUUUAGAUAAAGUCCUGUGUUGUUGACAGGGAUCUGUCUCCACCCACCACUUGUUUGUAGCCAUACAAGGUUUUUUGUUUCUUUUAGUUUCUCUGCACCUUGCCCCCCCUUUCUCCUCUGCUUAACUGUACAAUGCCCUCAAUUCUUCUUGCUUUCCUUGGACGACUCUUGUCCAGCUAAAAUGGCACAUCCGUUUUGGUCUUCUCUGUCCCCUUGCAAGUUGGGCUGCCGUAGGUUUCCUUUGUCACAUUUGUAGUUUCUUAACGUAUAUGAUCUACCAGAAGCAUUAGAGCACUGUAGUUAAGCGCUUGGGUUCCAGAGGCAACCAAACUGGGUUUGAAUGUUGCCUCUUUCGCUUCUUGUCUAUGAUAGCUUGGGCAACUCACGUGACCUCUUUGAGAAAAACAAAAACAAAAACAAAAACAACCCCAGAAAACACACAAACAGAAAACCCAGAUGUAGCUCACUUGGCACAGUCCUGGUAUACGCAACUGGAUACAUGUCAUGUAUUGUUAGUCAGCAAUGGUUUGUAUCAUUGACCACUGUGUCCUUGGUUCCUUCCAGAACUCUUGCCAUGUGAUACAUAGUUACUGAAUAAACCACAAAGUGUAUGAAAAGAUAAAAACAUUUUCUUGCGAUGAAGUCGCUAGAGUUCAUAGAAUAGAAGGGGUUUAAUUGAUGUAUAAAAAUGCGCCGAUGUAUUUAAAUCCCAAGCAACAAGUCCCACUAGCUAGGAAAUUAGAAUCUGUUCAAAAAUGUUUUUCUCUACUGGUAAAUCAAAAGAAUUUGAUUCCCCUAAAGAUCAGCUUUCAGGACAACACUAUGCCUAGAAUGUAGACAUAACAAAGAGAUCCCUUCUGUAAAAUGUAUUGUAUUGAGUUUUCUGCAAAUUGAAUCUAGGAAUUGUUCAUUUUUAUUGAUCACUGCCAGCAUGAGAUGCUACAAUGAGGUCUCUUAAGUGUUCCAUGACACAAUUAAAUAGAUUUUGUGAAAUCUGUGUGCAAUAACUUUUGGAAAUGAACAGUUGUAUUUCCUGUGUGUUUAAGACUGAAAAAGACUAAUUGGUCUUACAUGUAGGCAAGCAUGGUAUUAAGUUUCUUGAGAUUUGGGGUUAUAAAGCACUAUACUAGGCUAGACAGGGACGUUGUGAAUCCCAGCGAAUGUCUUGUUUUUUGUUUUUUUUU